AUGGCCGGAACGACUGUCGCAAUUCUCUCGCCAGGUGAGAUGGGGUCUAGCAUUGCCUGUUUGCUCAGAGCCCAUCAGUUCCGAGUAAUAACCAGCAUCUCCGGGCGCAGGUAAGCUUCGACUCUUUCCCACUCGUCCAGCCCUCAAUCCUUGACCCCACCUCCUCUUCCCCGCCCCGUCACAUAUCAAAAAAAAGAAAAGAAAAGAAAAGAAAAGAAACAGACCCACUAUCAGGGACAAACGAACCCCAGAGUAAAUAAGGACAGAACUGGGCCAUACCUGAUCACGCAUAUACCCCUCACCUUCCCCUCUGCAAUAACCCCUCUUUUCAUUUUCCCUUUCAGUGCCCUUAGCAAGAGAUCGGUUUUCAUUUUUUAAGAGAUUCCUUAUCCUCUAGCUCAUAUACGUACAACCGGGCCAUUGCUUCAAAAAUCGAAUUUGUCUCGUCGGAUGUCGACCUGAUCAACCAAGCCGACUACAUCCUAUCCAUUGUUCCGCCCAGCGAAGCCCUCCCCACGGCCCGCAGGGUUGGCUACGCAUACACAUAUGCUGCGCGCGGGAACAAGUUACCCCUCUAUUACUUUGACCUCAACGCUGUUUCGCCCAACCUAGCGGAGAAGGUGGAGAAUGUGUUUUCGAGGCCCACUGCGGGUGCAAACGGUGUUGUCCGGUUCAUCGAUGGGGCCAUACUAGGAGGGGCACCGGAGUUCGUGCAGGGCCCCGGGGGAGUAGGGGGCGCGUGGAGGAAGCCGAGGGUCGUGGUCAGUGGGAAAGAAAAACUCGUUGGGGACGGUGGGCAUCUGCUGGAGGAGGUGCUAGGCCUGAGGUGGGUUGGUGAUAGAGUUGGGCAGGCUAGCGGGUUAAAGAUGUGCUUUGCUUCUCUGACAAAAGUAUAACCCCCACUCUCGGCUUAUUUCCAUUUUAGGAGUGUAAGCCUGGUCUUUAGGGUUGGAGCUUAUGCGGUGCUUUUAGGGCUUGACCGGCCUUGCCGUUCAAUCCUUCACCACAGCAUCGAACCUAUCACUCUUACCAGCUUUGAAGGAGGAAUUAGCAAUCUUCUACCCUCCGCUACUUACCUUUCUGGAAAGUUCUGUGCCCGCCGUGCCCCCCAGAGCAUACCGCUUUGUCAGGGAAAUGGAGGAGAUAGCAGAUACCCAUGCAGAAGCCGGUUUCUCCCGUGCCGUAUUCUCGGGGAUAGCAGAUGUCUACAGGGGCGUCGCACAGGAUGAGGUUUUGGGGAAGGAACGUAGCGGGGAGCGAAGUAGAGGUCAAACGGUGGACGACUUUGCAGAUACUUACUGUGAAGGAAUGAGAAGGAGGGAAGAAGUGAAUAGGAAUGGAAACAACGGCGGGGUGCAGGAUGGGGUGGAGCUGGAGAAGAAGCGGAUGGGCAGGGCUGUGGAAAGAAUGACCAUUGAUUGAUUACCGCCUCCAUGCACUUCCAUCUUGCCUCCUCUUCCAACCAUGUCUGAUUUUUUGGCCCCUGCAAGCGCUGACUAGUGUGGAGGCGGCAUGGAGAUCCGCUGGCCAAUGGCUUUCCUCUCUCUCUCUCUCUCUCUCUCUUUCUCUCUAUCAUUCUAUUCGCCCUUAUUUUUGCUCAUUUAAUUAGUCUUCUUUCCUCUUCGUCGAUUGCGGGAGGACGUUUUACCCCCUUUGAUACUUUUGAUGCCCUUUUCCCACUCUCAGGGACCAGGUUCUCUCGUUCGAACGAAACUUCGAAGUGCUCCCGGUUAGGAGGCACAAAGAAGAGUGCCUCUUUCGUUGCGCGGAUGUGUGGUAGGGGGAGAGUGGCGGAGAGGGUAUUCCUCAUUUGGUCCGAUCCGAUCUCACCCAAUCUCAUCCUAUGUCCACAUUACCUCAUAUCCUUGCCGGGUCAGAAGGGCAGUUUGGGUGUCAGAGUGUAAAUAUUCAAAACUUCUGCUGGUUCUUUGGAUUUGCUUCCUUUCCGUAUCGUGUCGGUGCGGAUGUGUGGUGUUUGUUCAGGUCUGCGGGGCAAGGUCGUUAUUGAUGUUUUUCGUUUAUUUGAUCAUGCGAUAUCACUCGUGGGAGGCUGUUUUGUGAGGUGAAGGUUCGGAUUUUUGUUUUAUUUUUGAGGGGUAUCAUAGGAGAGGGAGAUCAGUGAUUGGUAUGGUGUGGGAGAUUUAGGGAGGGGGGUCGUUGCAGGAGUUGAUGGGGGUGGAGGGGCAUUAGGUCAUGAUACCAUGCAUAGUUUAUCACUCGGAUUCGUAUAAGUUUAGGUUUGGUUGGUUUUCAGGGCUGGAGGAACCCCGGGCAUGUACGGCACUUUGAGAAGUUGAGUUUAUUCGAGUUGAAUGAACCAAUCCAUACUUUAUGCAGAUUUAUAAGAUCGGAAUUGAGUG